AUGGCGUCUUUUGAGCAAACGCUAGCAGAAACGUCAGACCAGGCCAUGGCUGACGCUUUUGAUCAGGAAGCACCACACCAAUCCGACGGUGAUCCUUUCUGUGCGUUCUCUGACAAUCUGCUGGGCGCCGUGCUACUGCGCGUGGCGUGCAACGGCGUCAAAUUCGGCGGCCAGGAUUCUCCUAUGAGUGACGAGGACGAAGCCGAUACGGAAACGAAGAUCGACAAGGCCCUAAUCGAGCUGCUCCCCUCUGAGAGCGCGUGGCUCGCCGGCAAUCCCGAGGCUCCCGGCGAGGCCACGAGCGCUCGUUCUUCCAGCGUGAAGUGCUCGUCGUCGCUGAUCUCGUUCCGCCACGCGCUCGUCUGCAAGCGCUGGUUGCGCGUCGCCCGGUUCGUGCUUCCCGCCAUCGUCGUUCCGCUUGAUCGCUUCUUCUCCGCGCGCGCCCUUGCCUCCCUCCUCCGCGCGCCCGCCAUCGCGGGGUUCCCCAACCUGCGCCACCUGCACCUCGCGCCCAAUGCGCUGGACACCGUCGAUUCCGCGCUCGUGCGCGCCAUCUGCGCCGGAUCUGGGCCGUCCUUAACGCAUCUCUCGCUGCAGCUGCAUGACACGUGGCUGCACGUGACGCGCGCGCGACAGUACCCUCCUCCCGGGAUCGGCACGCAGGCGGCGGAAGCGGCGCUAGCGGCCAGGGCGAUCUCGUCGGCCGAUGUCGCCACCUUGUUCUGGUCUUGCACGCAAUUGGAGCUCAGAAUCGUCGCCUGCACCCUGCUUGACGCUCUCCCGCACUCGGUCUCCGCCAUGUGCUCCCUCGCGCGCCUUACUCUCGAGGGCUGCGCUGCGCGGGCGCUGCCCGAGGAUGUCGGGCAGCUGUCGAAUUUGGUCCGGCUGAAGCUAUCAUGCGAGCGACUGACUGCCCUGCCCAGGUCGUUCGGGCAGCUGGGGAAGCUGCAGAAGCUUCGGCUCCAUGCCUACUACGGGUUAGUCCAGCUGCCCGAAUGUUUGGCGAACCUUUCGUCACUUGAAACCCUAGCCAUCUACGGGGGAACGUCGCUCGUCUCCCUGCCGCCCAACUUUGAGCAGCUCCCGCAGCUGCGGCGCCUGGAGUUGUUCAAGUGCGCCAUCCAGAGACUGCCGGAGAGGUUCGGGCAGCUGCUGAAGCUGGAGUUUUUCAAGGUGGGAAGCACGGACUCUUUCACGAGAAAGGAUUCAGAGCCAGGGCAGCCCGCGUGGCCGCCUCCGACCGCGCUCACAGUGAGCGCGCAAGAGGAAUCGGCCUCAAUGUUCAUGCUGAUGGACGAACCGCUCCUGCUGGACCAGCUGGAUGAAUCGCUCUUGGGGCGCUGCCUGCUGCACAGCUUCCCAAUGUCCUUCACCCAGCUCACCAGCCUGCAGCAGCUGGUCAUCGACGGGUGUGACGCGCUGGAGGGCCUGCCAGAUGGGCUGGGUGACAUGGCAGGGCUGCAAGUGCUGCAAGUCAAGAACUGCCCGCAGCUGCGCUGCUUUAUGUCCCUCCUGCCCUUUCCUCCUCCUACCUCCACCUCUGCACGUCCGGCCCCUCCGCUCCCAAUGCUUCACAGCCUGGUGAUCUCCAACUGUCCGAGUCUAACGAGCCUUCCACGCGGCCUUGAUGCCCUGCCGAGGCUGAAGCGAGUCACCCUGGAUAAGUGCAGCAAGCUGGGCUUUGCGAACCAACUCUCCGUGUACCAUCGCCCCUCCUCAACCCCACAUGCUGCACCCAUCGCCCUCCCGCCCUCCGUCACCACCGUCUCCCUGCUUGACGUCUUCCCUGUAGCACGCUACCUGCCAGACUCCUUCCUCACCCUCUCGCGCCUCACUCAUCUCAACCUGCACCAUUUCAACUCUCUACAAGCGCUCUUUGCGCCUCGCCCACAUAGUGCCCAGGCUGCAACUGUCCUUGGAGAGAUGGAUCUCGGCUCUGAAGCCGGUCAGGUUUAUUGUUUCCCAGUUGAUCCUCAACCCGGUCAGCCGGGGAGAUUGGCGCUGCUCUCGUCUCUACAGCACUUGGCAAUCGUGAAUACGCGCCUGCCGUUGCUGCCGAGUAACCACAGCGACCUCCAAAGCCUCAAGGUGCUCAUUCUUGAGGGGUGCAUUCGCAUGCCCUCCCUCCCUGACUCCCUACCUCACCUCUCCAACCUCGAAAAACUCGUUCUGAGCACCCUUCCUAGGCUGGCGCGCCUGCCCAAGAAUCUUGGGCAGCUGAAAGCACUGAAAGAGCUCACUGUGGAGGCGUGUGAUGCGCUGACGGGGCUGCCCGCGUCUAUCGGCCUCUUCUCCUCCCUCGUCCUCCUCUCUGUCAUCGAGUGCGAGAAGUUCUCCUCUGUCCCCGACUCCAUCGGCUCCCUCCCUCGCCUCGCCUCCCUCAAGCUUAAUGGUCUCUUCCGCCUGCGCCGCCUGCCAGAGUCCAUCUCUCGCCUCCCCGCUCUGUGA